CCUCCCAGAACUCUGGCUUUCCCCAGAAGGAAUAAGAGAAAAAUGACUAGGCUCCAGGAAGCAGUAACAUUCAAGGAUGUGGCUGUGGUCUUCACUGAGGAGGAGCUGGGGCUGCUGGACUCCACCCAGAGAACACUGUACCGAGAUGUGAUGCUGGAGAACUUCAGGAACCUGGUCUCUCUGGGACACCAGUCCUUUAAGCCAGAUGUGAUAUCACAGUUGGAGAGAGAGGAGAAGCUUUGGCUGAAGAAGCUUCAGACCCAGAGAGGCAGGCGUUCAGGAGGCAGGAGUCAAAAUGAAAUGGAGACUCUUCAAGAAGCAGGAUUAAGGUGCCUUUCACUGAGAGAAGUUUCAUGCUGGCAUAUCAGGGGACAUGUGAGCAAAUUAACUAGAAGCCAAGACUCCAUGAUGAAUAUUCAAGGAAGGAUUGCUCAGUUUCCCAAGCAACGUGAUUCCCCCUGCCAAGCCGGGGCAGAAGUUUCUGAAGAUGACAACUAUAUAAUGAAUUUUAUAGAGGAUGAUUCCAAUGUUAUUGAAAAUCAAGAAUUUCCAACUGGGAGAACUCAGAAUUGUUGGAGUAAAAUAUAUCUGAGUAAGACUCAGAAUUUUCAGGGAAGUUGUAAGCAAACUCAAAUGAAAGACAGAUUAUGUAUAUUUACUCCAUGUGUUAACAUUUUCAAUUGCAUUUCACACCAUCAUGACAAUAUAGUGUGCAAACGAGAUAAGACUUAUAGCAGCAAUGAUUAUGGUGAGGACCUCUUAAAGAUACCACCUCUUAACCAGCGUAGUAUAAUUCUCACAGGACAGAAAACUUACCAGUGUAACAAAUGUGAAAAUGCUUUCAGUGAUCGCUCAAGCCUUGAACUUCAUCAGCAGGCACACUUGGGAAAGAAGUCCCCUACGUGUAGCACACAUGGAAAGGACAUCAGUUAUGGCUCAGGUAUUCCAUAUCAACAAAGUGUUCACACAGGGAAAAAACGCUAUUGGUGUCAUGAGUGUGGUAAGGGUUUUAGUCAGAGCUCAAAUCUGCAAACUCAUCAGAGAGUCCACACAGGAGAGAAACCCUAUACAUGCCAUGAAUGUGGUAAGAGCUUUAACCAGAGCUCGCAUCUUUAUGCUCAUCUGCCUAUUCACACAGGAGAGAAGCCCUACAGAUGUGACAGUUGUGGGAAGGGCUUCAGUCGUAGCACAGAUCUUAAUAUUCACUGCAGAGUCCAUACUGGAGAGAAACCUUAUAAAUGUGAGGUCUGUGGGAAGGGCUUCACUCAGAGAUCACAUCUUCAAGCCCAUCAAAGAAUUCACACUGGAGAGAAACCAUAUAAAUGUGGGGAUUGUGGUAAACGCUUCAGCUGUAGCUCAAAUCUUCAUACCCAUCAGAGAGUCCACACUGAAGAAAAACCAUACAAAUGUGAUGAAUGUGGUAAGUGCUUCAGUUUGAGCUUUAAUCUUCACAGUCAUCAACGGGUCCACACGGGAGAGAAACCCUAUAAGUGUGAAGAAUGUGGUAAGGGUUUUAGUUCAGCCUCAAGUUUUCAGAGCCAUCAGAGGGUCCACACAGGAGAGAAACCAUUUCGAUGCAAUGUAUGUGGUAAGGGCUUCAGUCAGAGUUCGUAUUUUCAAGCCCAUCAGAGAGUCCACACUGGAGAAAAACCAUACAAGUGUGAGGUAUGUGGGAAGCGCUUCAAUUGGAGUUUGAACCUCCACAAUCAUCAAAGAGUCCACACAGGAGAGAAGCCCUAUAAAUGUGAGGAAUGUGGUAAGGGUUUCAGUCAGGCCUCAAAUCUUCAAGCUCAUCAGAGUGUCCACACUGGGGAAAAACCAUUCAAGUGUGAUGCAUGUCAGAAACGAUUCAGCCAAGCCUCACAUCUUCAAGCCCAUCAGAGAGUCCACACUGGAGAGAAACCAUAUAAAUGUGAUAUAUGUGGUAAGGCCUUCAGCCAGAGAUCAAAUCUUCAAGUCCAUCAGAUAAUUCACACUGGAGAGAAACCAUUUAAGUGUGAGGAGUGUGGGAAGGAAUUCAGUUGGAGUGCUGGUCUCAGUGCUCAUCAGAGGGUACACACGGGAGAGAAACCGUAUACGUGUCAGCAGUGUGGUAAGGGCUUCAGUCAGGCCUCACAUUUUCACACACAUCAGAGGGUCCACACUGGAGAGAAGCCAUACAUAUGUGAUGUCUGUUGUAAGGGUUUCAGCCAGAGAUCACAUCUGGUAUACCAUCAGAGAGUCCACAGUGGAGGUAAUCUAUAGAAAUGUGAGGUGUGAUAUAGCCUUCAGUUAGAGUUCACAUCUUCAUCUCCACUGGAGAGUCCAUGCUGAUGAUUGUGGAAAGUGAUAACUUGAGAACUGAGAAGCUUCAUCAAAGAAUCUUCAUAGGAGAGAAACUCUAUAUUGUGUUUUAAGAACUCGGUUGGAAGAUGAAUCCUUUAUAAACAUCAGAUUCCACAGAGAAGAAAAAAACCUGUUAUAAAUAUGGCCAGUGUUUUUGCUAGAGUUUGAGAUGGCCCAAUUCUCAAUAUAGAGUCUACUCAGGAGAGAGGACAUAUAAAGAAAUAGUAUGGGAAGGACUUUUACAAAAGUAGAAUGAUGGACAAAAUGCCACUAGACUGUAACCCCCAUUUAGGGAGGAAAUUUUUCACCAUUCUAUCUCCACCAUGAAAAAUAGUGCCUGAUUUGGUAAAGGGUACCCAGCAAUUAAUAAAGUGGAGAAAGAGGUUACAAUUAAGGCAAAUAUUUGAAAUUUUUAGUCAGUUCCCUGCCCUAAAUUCAUAUUAAAUUAAAAGGAAUCCUGCAAGUAUCCUUAACAAUAAUUGAAGAAAUAACUGAAAUACAAAAGGCAUGUAAUACUGCUAUUUACAAUAAUACAGAUUUGGGCAAAAGACUUGUGAAUGGCUUCCUUCAUCCAGUUUCACUUCUGUGUACUGUAUUAUCAAUUGUGAAUAGUAUAAUUUUUAAUAUCAUUAGUUUGUAUUUUAUAGACUUUUUUACUGAUUACAAUAAUAUACUGGAAUUUACACAAUUGAAUUUUUGGACUCUUAAUUCAUUAAGGUAGGGUUUUACUGUAACUCUUUGAAAGUGUUAAAAGUAGUUAAUGACAAAAAGUUUCUUAGUAAACUUGAAUUGAUAAUAAUUGGUUUCUUCUCAUUUUUUAUACUCAGGCUUAGGUCAAGUUGCCCUCUCUGCGGUAGUUCUUUCUCCCUCCAGACUUCCUAAGCCAAGGACU